GGCAACAGGGCUAGUAACAUCUUUAAUCCCUUCAUAAUUUUUUAUUUGAUUUAAUCUAGCCGUCAUAUCGCCUUUUCAGGUUGUUAAACAGCGUUGAAUCAUUGACAGUUUUAUUUAGUUUCAUUCUGUACACGUAUUUGGAUGUAUAUGAGGUGUAAAUAAAAGUCACCGUGGUGUAAGGAGUAGGAAGACAUCCAGUUAUUCGGUCUGAAGAUGCUUGGUGUUGGACCUCUUGCCGGUUAUAGGACAUCGUGGCGCAUGCUGAGAAUCACUCCACGUGCCAGCCAAAAUCCAUGCCCUUAUGACUUGUUAUAUUAUAUACCGAGGGUGUAUAGCUGUUACACACUACACACAAAUAAGUGUCAAAAUAUGAAACAUGCACACUUCAAGAGUCCUCAUUCUGGAGCACUUCUGCCACAAUCAUUUGAGCAGCAGCGAGCUACAUUUUCUCAGGACAAUACCCAACCUCCAAAGUCUAGUUUUUCAGCCAGGAUAAAGCUCCGAACACGACUGGCCAUGACAUUACUUGUUGGAGGUGCUAUAAUUGGUACCUGGUGGUAUGUGCAUGAGGAAAAACAGCAGAAGCUACAGGUGCAGAGGAUAGAGCAGUUGAGGAAAGUGGCCAUAGGCCAAGGAGACUUCUGCUUGCUGGACCACACCGGUCAGCGACGGACCAAAAGGGACUUCUUGGGGCAGUGGGUGCUCAUGUACUUCGGCUUCACGCACUGCCCUGAUAUCUGCCCUGAUGAGCUGGAAAAGAUGAGCAGUGUGGUAAAGCUGCUGGAUGAGUCAAACCUGCCCCAUGUGCAGCCAUUGUUUAUAACCGUUGAUCCUGAAAGAGAUGAUGUGGCUGCCAUGGCCAAGUACAUCAGAGAUUUUCACCCACGUCUGAUCGGAUUGACGGGCACACCUGAGGAGGUAAAAGAAGCUGGACAGGCUUACCGGGUUUAUGCAAGCGCUGGACCCAAGGAUGAAGAUGGAGAUUAUAUCGUGGACCACACCAUCCUUAUAUAUCUCAUUAAUCCGGAUGGCCUUUUCCUGGACUAUUAUAACCGAAUGAAAAAUGCCAUGCAGAUUGCUGAAAGCAUUCGUCAGCAUAUGAAGAAUUAUGUGACGUUAUUCCCUGACCAGCGUUAAGUGUGAUACAGGAAGAUUUGAUCACAUUUUGCAAACUAAAGUGUACCUGGAUAUGAGAGAUGGACUAGGCACUGAGUAAAUAAGCAGCAAAUAGAAACAGGCUAAAUAAGUUAAAUUUAAAUAGGGCUGACAUUUUUAAAAUGUGCCACUGAUCAACUUAAAUAUUUAUGCUGGUCUUAUUUUUUUUUUUUUAAUUAUCAUCAAAAUAAUGUAAGUAGUUGUUUGAGGUUCUGUAAGAUCUCUGAACAGUUUAUCCAAAUGAUCCAAAACAAGAUGAAUAAUAAAAAAAGAAAUUCUACA